AAAAAGAAAAAAUUAAAUUAUUUAGAAAAAGAUAUUUUUCACAUUCAAAAUAAAAUAAAAAAAACUCCACUUAAAAAAAAAACAACAACAACAAAAAUUAAAAAAAUGACUGAUCAAGGUGUCGCUAAAGAACAAUACAUUACCGUCGGUAGUUUGAAGGAAAUUGCAGAUCCCGUCAAGAAAUUCCUUAGAAAGGGAAACAGAAAGGGUAGAAAUUAGAAGGAAUUAAAGUUCAGAGCUAAGGUUGUUAACCAAUAACUUGCUGACGAAACUGGCUCUAUCAACUUCACUACUGAAGGUGUUGCCGUAAAUAACAACCAAACUUAUGAAUUCACUGGUUCCUUGAAGGUUGUCGACUAUAAGCUCAACUUAGCUGUUACCUCUGCUACUCCUGCUAAAGAUUAAAUUGCUAAUCUUGGUUCUGAAUAACUCAGCAAAGCUGAUAUUGAUCAACACUCAGGAAAGCAUAUCGUUUUGAUCAAGGAUCUCAUUAAUCUUAGAAUCGGUCAAUCUUUCUUCGCUAGACCUAGAGAUAUUGUUCACAAUAACGAAUAAAGAAGAAUGACAGCUACCUUAGCCGAUAACACUGCUGCUAUCCAAGCUGAAAUUAGUGUUAACAAGAAAUCAAUCACUUAAGAAGUACUUGAAUCCUUAAACUCUGAUAAGGUCUACCUUUUCAGUGAUGUUGUUCUCAACUUCAAUGAAAGUAACAAGUUAGUUGCCAGAUUCAACUACAGAUCAAACAUUGUUGAAGCUAAUGACCGUUAGAUCUAACAAUUAUCAAAUAACAACUUGAGCGCCAAAGAAUACUCAGAUGAAACUGAAAAGAAGGCUCUUACUGAUGUCCUCUAAAUCCAUGAAAAGAAGGAAAGAGUUCACAAAUAGUAAAAUAAGAAUAAAAAUACAAGAAAUGCUCACAAGAAUCACAACAGAUAAAGACCAAAUUUAUAAGAAACUGAACCCGUAAAAAUUAGCGGUCUCUAAUAAUGGAACAAUAACUAGACAGUUAUUGGCAAGAUUGUCUCUCUCCGCACUGAAGAUAAGUCUUUACCAGCUAAGCAAGACGGUACCUCAACUACCAUGGUCUACCUUAAGGGAACUAUUGGUGACGAAACAGGUGUAAUUGAUUUCGAUAUGGCUGAAAAAAGAGAUUGCCCUCGUUUCAAAGAAAAUGAUGUCGUUAAAUUCACCUCUGUAAUGAACAAAGGUAGAUAAAGCGCUGAAGGAAAAGUCGGUGGUCACUACAUCGAAGUUAAGAAAUUCGGUCAAUAUAUUAUCCUUUCAGAUCAUAAUAUUAACAAUGUAAAUUUAAACAAUAACUUGUCUAAUUUAGAACUCACCGCUCGUCCCAAGAAUCCCAACCCAAGAUUCAUCAAGGGAGAAUUUGUUGGUGUAAAGGAAGAAGAAAAAGAUGGAAACAUCUAAUAUACUUACACUGUCAGAAGUAAAGAAGGUGAAGAACAAUCUAUCACUAUUAGAAACAAAAUUACUACACUUAAAGUUGGUGAAAUUCACAAAAUCGAUAGAGAAAGAAAAAGAUCAAGUAGCAGACCUAAUCAUCAAGGUGGUUAAAGGGGAAAUAGAUCUCAUUCUUAAAAUAACAGAAACCAAAGAAAUAGAGAUAAGCACCACAAUAGCUAAAACAAUUAACCCAAUAAAUACAACAAAAACACUUCCGUCUAAAACAAUAACAACAACAAAAACUAAUAAAGAUCUUAAUCACAAAACCAAAGACCUCCUAGAAACUAUGAUAACAGACAAGGAGGUGAAAAUAGAAAUAAUAGAUAAAGAAAUGAAAAUAAUAGAAAUAAUUUCAAUGGCAAUGGUCAUAGAGUCAAUAACCAAAACAAUCAAAGAAAUAGAAAUAGCUCAUAUCCUAGAAAUAAUAACUAUGAUCAUCAUCAUAAUUAAUAAACCGAUAUUUCUGGCUUAGAACCUGGUAAGAGAGGUCAAAAUGUAACUGGUUAGGUGAUUGAAGUUUCUGAAUUCUCCAAGUAGAUCAAUGAUAAAACUUUACACUUUGUCAAGGGUAGAAUUGCUGAUGAAAAUGCUAAUAUUAGAUUUGAUAUCAAGAAACCUUAAAACUUAGAAAUUAAGGUUGGUGAAGUCUAUAAUUUCAAGGACGUUAACAACAAAGUUGAUGAUAAUGGUUACCACUAUAUUGACCUCAAUAGAUUUGGCAGAGUUUUCCCUUCUCAUAAAAAAUUCUAAAGCAUUAAUGAUAAAAGAAAUUGUGAUGCUGAUCGUUCAUCAAUUGAAUACGUCAAAAAAACUGUCCCUAACUGA